AUGUCAUCAAGCAAAGACCUCGGUCAUAAGCAAUGGCUGAACGACAACAAGCAUGUUGUUGGUUUCCAGGAAAUGCCGGAGUACAAGUCGGCAAUCAUUGCGUCGAAAAGUGGAAAGGAGAAGCAAGUUUUAUCUGAGUCUAAAGCAGGCCAGGCGGAGCAUAUCGAAGUCAUUGAUAGCACUUCUCUUUCAUGUAGUCAAAAACGCCCUCGAUGGAUAAAGAGACAUCUACGACGAUUUUGGUGCUGCUAUGUGGUUGCGGGCAUCAUCGGCCUCGCAAUAUUUCUCCCACUUUUUUUUCUAUACGCUUUUCCAGCCAUCGCGCAACUAAUGGUGGAAAAGGCAAACCUUGACAUCUACUCUGCGAUGUUGAUGAAUCCUGGCCCAGACAGCCUCACAAUUUCGCUAAGUGCCGGUUUUAAAAUCCCGAAGGGAUUCAGGGUUCGCCUCGAUCCUAUUACUCUCAGUUUGUUCAACCGAAAUGUCACUCCAAUCGUGCCGUAUAUCAAUGUUAUCUUGCCAGAAGAGACUUUCGAGGGCAAAGCCACUAUCAAUAUCACGAAUCAAACAGUUACCCUUCUAGAUCGGGAUCAAUUCAUAGACUUCCUGACUGUGGCUGUAUAUGGAAAGACAUUCACAAUGUCAGCGAAAGGCACAACAACAGCCCAUCUCGGCGCACUUAAGGCUAAACUGACUCUUGACAAAGAUGUUGAAUUGAAAGGUCUAUGGGCCUUGAAUGGCUUCUCGAUCCCAUCCGCGGGACUAGUCGAACGACAGAGCGAUGGAACUAACUUGCAAGGAGUUGCUGUGUUGCCAAAUUACUCUCUAGUUACAUUUGCUCUUGGAAAUGUCACUCUCAAUCUUCAGACAGGCGGCUUUAACUUGGGUCAAGCUGCGAUUUAUAACGUGGUCUUAACACCAGGUAAUAACACAGUCUCUCUGCGUGGCUCGGUCUCAAUUGAGACAAUUAUUCAGAACCUGGGAACGAUUAUCGAAGCAGAGAAGAAUGCGAUUCUGAGCGGAAAUAUAGCUCUAUCUGCGUCCGGAAACUCGACCGUCUAUAACGGCGUACACAUCACUUAUUAUGAACAGGUUUUGAAUAAUCUAGUCAUCACAGCACAAGUAUCGAUCGUAAAGUUGAUUACCGAUACGAUUGGAGGACUUGUACAAGGAAAUAGCAGCUCCAUUGCUUCAGCUAUUUCAAAUCUGCUAUCCAAUACCACCACCAACGAAGUAACUGACCUGGACAGCAAAGUCACACAGCUCGCGAAUUAUAUUGUUGAAUCAAGAGAGAAACAGAAUUGA